GGCUGGUUCUGGGUUCUGGGAGAGACAUGAUGCGCAAGGGUGCCAUUCCGCUGAUGCAGAGACGACUCCUGGCUCACUUCUGACUCGGUUCCUCCCACAGAUGGCUUUUCCGUGCCGCAGGUCCAUGAAGAAUCCCAAGACUCUGACCAGCCUUCUGGUGGGCGUGAGUUUCUUGGCCCUGCGCCUGUGGUUCCUCCAAGCCCCCAGCUCCCAGCAGGAGGAGAUGUGGGGUGGCCCCCUCCCCGCUGCCGCGCACCCUUCGGCGUUCAGUCCGGGGCCCCCGUGUGUGGCCAACGCCUCGGCGAACGCCACGGCCGACUUCGAGCAGCUGCCCGCGCGCAUGCAAGACUUCCUGCGCUACCGCCACUGCCGCCACUUCCCGCUGCUCUGGGACGCGCCGGCCAAGUGCGCGGGCCGCCGCGGGGUCUUCCUGCUGCUGGCCGUGAAGUCGUCGCCCGCCAACUACGAGCGGCGCGAGCUCAUCCGGCGCACGUGGGGGCAGGAGCGCAGCUACGGCGGGCGGCCGGUGCGCCGCCUCUUCCUGCUGGGCACGGCCGGGCCCGAGGACGCCGAGCGCGCCGAGCGGCUGGCGGCGCUGGUGGGGCUGGAGGCGCGCGAGCACGGCGACGUGCUGCAGUGGGCCUUCGCCGACACCUUCCUCAACCUCACGCUCAAGCACGUGCACCUGCUCGACUGGCUGGCGGCGCGCUGCCCGCAAGCGCGCUUCCUGCUCAGCGGCGACGACGACGUCUUCGUGCACACCGCCAACGUGCUCCGCUUCCUGGAGGCGCAGCCGCCCGACCGCCACCUCUUCACCGGGCAGCUCAUGGAGGGCUCCGUGCCCAUCCGCGAGAGCUGGAGCAAGUACUUCGUGCCCCCGCAGCUCUUCCCCGGGAAGGCCUACCCCGCCUACUGCAGUGGCGGCGGCUUCCUCCUGUCCAGCCACACGAUCGGGGCCCUGCACAGGGCCGCCCGCCACACCCCUCUCUUCCCCAUCGACGACGCCUACAUGGGCAUGUGUCUGCAGCGCGCCGGCCUGGCGCCCAGCGGCCACGAGGGCAUCAGGCCCUUCGGCGUGCAGCUGCCCGGCGCCCGGCAGCCCUCCUUCGACCCCUGCAUGUACCGCGAGCUGCUGCUCGUGCACCGCUUUGCGCCCUACGAGAUGCUGCUCAUGUGGAAGGCGCUGCAUGACCCCGCGCUGAGCUGUGACCGGGGGCACAGGGUCUCCUGAGGCCGGGUGGGCCGCGCUGGGGGGAUGAGCAGCCUCCGUGUGUGAUGUUUUCCGUUCUGAGAGCGCCUCUUCCCUGCUCUGGAUACCUUCUGUCCUA